UUUAGGUGCGGAUAGAGCUCCACACAGGUGUCACAUUAAAACAGGAUUCUUUCUGCUACUUACAUUAGUGUUCUUAUUGACUGCCAUUACUUACGUCUCUGAAUUCCCUCUCAAGACUGCUGUGCUCCCUGACACCUUGUAUAAAAAAGUGCUAAAUCAGAUACGCUCCUAUUAUGUGGUGACUGAGUACCUAUCUGCCAGUGAAAAUCAAACAAUAUUUUUAGCACCCAACAGUGUCCAACAGAGUCCUACACAAACCACAGACAUUUUGGUGCAUCAUCAUGUGGCUCAUCCAAGCAACUAUCAUUUCAUUCUGGACGAACCUGAUAAAUGCAAGCAGGAUCUGUUCCUGGUCUUGAUGGUCCCUGUGGCCCCCCAUGAGGUAGAGGCUCGUAACGCCAUCCGCAGCACAUGGGGGAAUGAGAGCUCAGUGCAGGGAAAAGCAGUGCUGACUCUGUUCUUGGUGGGUUUGACUGGAGGAGCCGAAGCUCAACAGCAGCUGGAGGAAGAGAGUCGACAACGCAGAGAUUUGCUGCAGAGCAACUUUGUGGACUCCUACUUCAAUCUGACCAUAAAGACCAUGGUGAUCAUGGACUGGUUGGCCACUCGUUGCCCUCAAGCAGCUUAUGCUAUGAAGGUUGAUUCUGACAUGUACAUAAACCUGGAGAACCUGAUGAGCCUCUUAUUGUCACCCAACACACCCGGACAGAACUACAUCACAGGGCAUUUGAUGUGGGACCGGCCUGUUAUCAGAGACAAAAACUCUAAAUGGUACGUGGCAGAGGAAUUGUACCCUGAACCGAAAUACCCCACGUACCUGCUGGGAAUGGGAUAUGUUUUUUCCAAUGACCUUUCAGAAAAAAUUGUUGAUGCUUCCAAGGAAGUAAAAGCCUUUAACAUAGAAGACGCAUAUGUGGGUGCUUGUCUGAAACAGUUGGGCGUUGCACCCUCAUCUCCCCCAGACCCUUCACAGUUUAGAGCCUAUCUGGGACAAUAUAAUCGAGAAGAUUUUCUCAGAGUUAUUACGACAAUCAUGCGAUCCCCACAGCAGCUAAUAGACAUUUGGAAGGAUGUAAAGAGGCCCAUAUAAAACAAAUCAAAAUGGAGUAGAUUAGUGGUAGCCUGCAUGAUUUUAUUUAUAAAAGACUAUUAGACAAU